UUCACCCAAGUGACCUAUUAACAGUGACCUACUGACCUACUGUUAGCAAAAACUCAAGAAAAAGAUGACCUUUUUUAAAAUCUUACGACAAGAACCGUGUGGCCAGAUGAAGAUGAUGAUAGUAUACAGUGAUAAGAGUAGUAUCUAAGCUAAAAUAGCUAAGAGAAAAAAUAUUAUUCAACGCCUUUUUAGCUGCCAUAAAAUCAAAUCAAUGAAAAAGGAUUUUGGCUUGAAAGAAAAACAAAGCAAAGACAAGAGAGAGAGAGAGGAGAGACCGACACGACUCCGGCGAUGGCGAACCGGGCCGCCGCCGGCCGCUCCCCGUCGCCGCUCUCUUUCUCUUCCUCCUCCUCCCGCUCCCCCUCCCCUUUUUCCUCUUCGUCCUCCUCGUCUCGCGCCCGCUCCCCUCCCCGCCGCAGCUCGUCCGCCGCGCGGAGGCCCCGUUCUUCGCCGCCGCCGCCGCAGAAGAGGAAGGGAGGCCGCCGCUCGCCAUCGCCGGACAAACCCUCGCCUCCUCCUCCUUCUCCUCCUCCUGCCCCUCCCCUGAGGAAGCUGUCUCCGGUCCGCGACCAACCCUCGCUCGUCCUCCAUGUCGACCGCCUGUCCAGGAACGUCAACGAGGCUCAUCUCAAGGAGAUCUUUGAGAAUUAUGGUGAAGUCGUCAAUGUGGAGCUGUCCAUGGAUCGGGUGGUCAAUCUUCCUCGUGGGUACGGAUAUGUUGAGUUCAAGAGGAGAGCUGACACUGAGAAGGCGCUUCUUUACAUGGAUGGUGCUCAAAUUGAUGGAAAUGUUGUCAAAGUAAGAUUCGCACCAGCACCACAGCAAACAGCUGCUGCUCCUUCUUCACCAAAGGCUCUUCCUCAUCCUCCAAAAAAAGACGUGCCUGCUAAUGAUAGAGUUGGCCAGAGUACUGGAAAGGCCACUCAACAGCGGCCUAGGGAAUCAUCUCCUCAAAGAAAACUACCUUCCUCUCCACGAAGGAGGACUCCUCCAAGUCGAAGAGUUGAUUCACCUAGGCGGCGUCCUGAUUCGCCAACAAUUCGUCGUCGGACAGACCCCUCUCCAAUCAGGCGUGGUGAAACACCUCCUAGCCGCAGACCAGGAUAUCCAGUUAGAAGACGAUCUCCAUCUCCACUGCCUCAAAGGCUUACAUCACCAAGGCGCAUUUCACCCAGAAGAGGUCGUGGUAGUCCUAUCUGGAGACGUUCUCCAUUGCCUCCAAGAAGGAUGACACCUCCAAGGCGGAUGAGGAGUCCUCCAAGAAGGCUGCCACCUCUUCAUCGUCGUAGUAGAUCUCCCAUUCGCCGACCAUUUCGCUCCCCUUCCAGAUCAGUUUCUCCCCGAAGGGGCCGAGGAGCUCCUGUGAGGCGUGGGAGGUCAUCCUCGUCAUCUGGAUCAUUAACUCCUCCAAGAAGGUUUUCUCAUGUAGGGAGCUGGAAGGGUACCCAGAGGUCGCAGUCCUAGAAGGCCUUUCAGAGGGAGAAGCGCCUCUAGCUACAGCCGUAGUAGCGGCUCACCUUCCCCUGUUCGCAAUUAGAACUCCCUGCAUGGCCAGCAAUCCUGGUAGGUAAAAUCUUUUCUGUCACUUCACUCUUUAUCUCUGAUUAUCUCGUCUGCCUGUUCUGCUGCUGUCUCAACCUACGAUUGAUCGAGCUGCCAAUGGAUCGGACAUCGCUGGAGUCGGAAAACAAACAUGUGCUUAUCGGAGUCUCUGUCCAGUGAUGAGCAACGGGUUUCAUCGUGUAGUAGAUAAAGUUUGGUGUUCUCAAGUCAACAAAGCUUAAUGUUUGUGAAUUGCAAAGUUGUUUUCUCUGGUGAAUUGAAUUUUUUGUGAAGCUGCCUGAGCCUGGAAAUAAUAAAAGGAUUGACGUUUAAUUCCUCUUA